CUCCUCCUUAGACAAAUAUAUUUAAAUACAUAAUGUCUUCUUAUGUUCUAUGUUUAAGUUCUAUGUUGUAAUGUUAUGUUAAUAAAUUCUAUUCUGUAUUGUAAUGUAUUCAGGUAUAUUUGUCAAUGAAAUUGAAUUGAAUUGAAUUGACUGCGAAGAGAGUAAUGUGACCGAUGAAGCUGAGGGAUUGGAUCCAUCAUAUAACUAGGGGUGAAAUUAUUUACAAUCUUCUAAAAGAAAGUAAGACGUUUGCUCCACCUACGGUAACUGAAUGAUUCCCAGCCAAGCUACGCAUACAAUUUUUGUCACGAAGUUCCCCUCCAUGAACCAGUUAUAGCUAGAGCAGCAGUAUACUGAACAGACUCUAUCCUUUCCAUAAGACUUGGUAAAAAAGUAUUCUGACUGAGUUGGCACAUGUCAGCCAGGAUAAGGUAUAUAACAUCUCUAUAAUCCAAGUGAGGUCAUGCAUACAGUAUUUAUAGUUCAUUUAAAGUAUGCCUGGGGAGAUAUUUGGAGAGAUAUUUCAGCAAGCUGAUAUCCUUUUUUGUUUUAGAGAUAGCUGAUUUGAUGUGAGCAGCAAAAGAAAGCUUUGAAUCCAGGAUAAUCCCAGGAUGUUUAUGUUCAUUGACUUUCUUCACUGGAAUAUUAUUAAACAGUAUCUUUGGAUGAUCAAUUCCAAUUCUUUUCCUUGAAAAUAUUAACUCAACUGCUUGUUUUUGAAGGUCAGGAUUAAAUGACAUUCUCCAGUGAUAUGCCCAAGGUUGAAUGACUUGUACAUAGCUGAUGCAUUGUUCUUUUGCAUAUGUCACAAUCAAGGACAGAAUGCCAGAAAUACUGACAAAGGUUAUUGAUGUUAUGUCAAGACUUGCAAGUAAACACCAUAAUGAAAAUGAAGAGGAAAAAGCAAUUGAAUGUAAAGAAAUAGUGAAUAAAUUAUCAAAACUCAGAAACGAAAUGAUGACAGAUAAAGUUAUACGUCCAAUUGAAGAUAAAUAUUGUGAUGAUGCUGUCUGGAACGGUAUUAUAAAUAAUCUAAAGAGCCUCGAAGAUGGAAAAUCUGAUCCUACUUGGUUCAAUACCCCUUGGCUUAUUAUUGAAUGCUACUUGUACAGAAGGAUAUUCGAAGCUUUGAGAAUGAGCAAAUUCCACAAGGAUUUUGAUCCGUUUGCCGAGCAGAAAGAAAAAGCAUUUCACUCCUCCAAAAUCCCUAUGGCAACAUUGGCACAUUAUGUAAUCCAGUUUACAAAGUCCCAGCCAGAUUCAGUAGAGGAAGCGAUCAAGGAUAGAGAGCAGCUACGUUUGGAUUUUGAAAUGUUGUUUGAGUAUUGCCUUUGGGGAAACAAAUGUGAUUUGUCAUUGUCAGCAGGAACUCAGGUUACCCAUCAGCUGCAAGAAAGCUCGCAACUGAAGAAUCUCCUUGCCCAUAUCCUUUGCAACGAAACUGAGAAAGUUUGGGAGCAGAUCUUGGUUGCAGAGGCUCGUGCUCAUGGCCAUGCUAGACUAGACUUCGUUUUAGAUAAUGCUGGCUUUGAGCUGUAUACCGACCUAUGUCUAGCAGAGUUUUUAUUAGACAAGAAACUCUUCGAUACUGUUCACUUUCACGUUAAGGACAUUCCUUGGUUCGUAUCAGAUACGUCGAAAAAAGACUUUCUUUGGACGAUAGAACAGUGUAAGAAAUCUGACGACAGUGUCAUUGCUGAGUUAGGACUGCGUUGGAGUAACAGAAUCAACGAAGGUACUUUCGUUAUAAGAGAACAUCCAUACUGGACCUACAGUUUGGAUUUUGCUGCUAUGGAGCAGAUAUCUCCUGACCUGUAUCAGGACUUGUCAAAAUCUCAGCUCAUCAUUUUCAAGGGUGACCUGAACUAUCGCAAGUUGAUUGGUGACAGGAGCUGGGAUUAUACAGCACCCUUUUCCCGUGCCUUGUGGGGCUUUAGGCCAGGACCUGUUUGUGCACUGAGGACACUGAAAGCAGACCUUGUGGUUGGAUUAAGUCCUGGAAAAUCAGAAGAAACAGAAGCAAAGGACAAAAAUUGGAUGGUCGGUGGACAAUAUGCAGUUAUUCAAUAUUGCGAUAAAGUUUAGGCAUAGCCAGUUAAUAACUAUUUCGAAAUAAUUUUUUAGAAGUCAAUUUUGGAAAUAUUUAGGAAACACUGAAGUCAAUAUUUACCUUUAGUUAACCAAAGCAGUAUUUAUAGGUGUCACUGCCAUCACUGUGUUUUAUGAUUAUUGAAUAUAUACUAUAUUAUGAUAUAAUGGUCCACUA